AUGACUAACAUGAGACUUGAGGUAACGAAAAUUUUCGAAAGUACUAAAAGAAAGAAAAAANCUGCUACUCCGGUUGAGAGGAAGGCAAGACCGGAGAGAGACCAAGCUUUGAACUGUCCAAGAUGCAACUCUCUUAACACCAAGUUCUGUUACUACAACAACUACAGCCUCACUCAGCCCAGGUACUUCUGUAAAGACUGCCGUAGGUAUUGGACCGAAGGUGGUUCUCUCCGGAACAUCCCCGUCGGCGGUGGCAUCCGGAAGAACAAGAGAUCUUCUUCCAACUCCAAUUCCUCUUCAUCACCCUCCUCCUCUUCUUCAUCCAAGAAACCUCUUUUCUCCAACAACAGCAACACCCCUGCGCCGCUCCCUCAGCUAAACCCUAAGAUCGGUGAAGCGGCUACUACUACUACUAAAGUUCAAGACUUGGCGUUUCCUCAGGGGUUUGAGAACGCCCACGAGGUUAAAGAUCUCAACUUGGCGUUUUCUCAAGGGUUUGGGAUUGGUGGUCAUCAUCAUCAUCAUCAUCUCAGUAACCCACUUGUCUCAACCUCCUCUGCUUUGGAGCUUUUAGGGAUCUCUAAUUCCUCCGCUUCCUCUAAUUCACGCCCUGCUUUCAUGUCUUUUCCAAAUGUUCACGAUUCAUCCGUCUACACAGCUUCUGGUUUCGGUAUGAGUUACCCACAGUUUCAAGAGUUCAUGAGACCAGCUUUGGGCUUCUCCCUUGAUGGUGGGUAUGCUGGGGAUCCUCUACAUCAAGAAGAGGGGUCCAGUGGCACUACUCCUGCCACUACUAAUAAUGGAAGGCCUUUACUGCAAUUUGAGAGCCUGCAACUUCCAGUUUCAUCACCAAGCACCAAUAGUGGUGGCAAUGUGAAAGAGAAUGAUCAUCAUAGUGAUCAUGAACAUGAGAAAGAAGAAGGAGAAGCUGUUGGGUUUUGGAAUGGCAUGUUGAGUGCUGGCACUACUUCUGCUGCAGCAUCUGGUGGUGGAUCAUGGCACUGAUUAUCAUAGUCCCAAGGACCCAAGUUCUUUUUUUACAAGAAAAGAUUAAAAAUUUUCAUCCAAAUUUUAAAAGAUGGAGAGGGUUAACAACUUCAAUCUGGGUGUUUAGUACCUUUUGUUUUGGUUUCCUCCUUUUGUCUAAAAACUAGUAUUAACUUUGUUGGGGUUGGGGAUGGAUACUGUAUCUAUAUUUUAGACUCUUUUAAAUCAAAAUCUCAGUUGUUCGUUUACCUAA